CCUCGCGCGCACGCCGCCCCGCCCCGCCCGGCGCGCACGCCUCCCGGCCCUCGCCGCCUGCCGCCCUUCCUCCCCGAUCCCUCAGCUGCGCAGCCCCCAGACUCGCUCGCCGGUGGAGGGACCCGGGACGAGCCAGAGCGCGCUGUUAGCCUAAGGAAGCCGAGGGAAACCCGCUGGGCCUGGCAGAGCCGUCAAGAAUAGCGGAGCCUGCCCCGCACGCCCGGGAGCGAAGUGAGAGCGAGGCAGAGUUACGUGAGGCAGCGCAGAGUAAGUGGGCUCGGGUCCGACUCGAGGUCGGGCUCGGGACCGAGACUGGUGGGCCAGGCCCCCGAGCCGGCGUUACCCCCGGCCUGAGGAGCACCGAGCGGACACAGAGGGACGGACCGAGCAAGGACUCAUGGCCUCGCCAUUCCUGCCCGCGGGGGCCACCACGGGCGACAGCGGCGGCGAGCUGAGCUCGGGGGACGACUCCGGUGAUGUAGAAUCCCUCCAGAGCCCCGAGACCGAGGCGUCCGGGAGCCUGACCGAGCUCUUUGAGAAGGCUGCAGCGCACCUCCAAGGCCUGGUUCAAGUGGCCAGCAGAGAGCAGCUCUUGUACCUGUAUGCCAGGUACAAGCAGGUCAAAGUUGGAAAUUGUAAUACUCCUAAACCAAGCUUCUUUGAUUUUGAAGGAAAGCAAAAAUGGGAAGCAUGGAAAGCACUUGGUGAUUCAAGCCCCAGUCAAGCAAUGCAGGAAUACAUUGCAGUAGUUAAGAAAUUAGAUCCAGGUUGGAAUCCUCAGUUACCUGAGAAGAAAGGAAAAGAAGCAAAUACCGGUUUUGGUGGCCCCGUUGUUAGUUCUCUGUAUCAUGAAGAAAUCAUCAGGGAAGAAGACAAAAACAUAUUUGAUUACUGCAGGGAAAACAACAUUGACCAUAUAACCAAAGUCAUCAAAUCGAAAAAUAUGGAUGUGAAUAUGAAAGAUGAAGAGGGUAGAACUCUACUCCAUUGGGCGUGUGAUCGAGGACAUAAAGAACUAGUCACAGUCUUGCUACAAUAUAGAGCUGAUAUUAACUGCCAGGACAAUGAAGGCCAAACAGCUCUACAUUAUGUAGUGGCCACCGCCCACGUCCCCAAGGCAGCGAACACCCAAGCAAGCACCCAGUCCAAACGCCAUGGCUCAUCACCCCCUGCACAGCGGGCAGAGGACAGUGUGAAGAAGGGCAUCAGGGAUUCCAAAUGCUGAGUAGAACCCUGGGCCUGAGAAGAAAGAAAGAAAAGCAGUGAAAACACAGACUGUUGAGCGUUCAUUUGUUCUGAGUUUGUGUCUUACUUCACUCUUUCUGGCCAGUGAUUUCUUUCCUAUAUUCUUCAAGCAGUCGUCUUUUUUAAAGGCCACUGUCAGAAAAUCACAUCACUCCGGAGCUGGUCUCUAGUGACUAAACCAAAAAAACCCAAAAAAACCCACACCAGAUCCCCGUCUUCCUUUGUGAGCUGAGAACACAUUUUAUAAUCCCAAAAAGUUACUAGACUGGCAUUGUGGUGGAAGCUGUGUGCGUAGAGUUCAAAGUGGAGAUCCGUUGAUUGUCAGCCUGAUGCACUCAGAACGAAUGAUCGUGGAUUGAAAGCAAAGACAAUGUGGACGGGCUGGUGAUGGGUCUGAGAAUGGAAGACUAAAGUAGCAGAAUUCUCGGGCCCCAUGUGCCUCAGGAAUACGCAGAGGAGUCACUGAAUCAGCAGCAGAGCCCUUCGUGGCCACUGUGUGAAUUCCCCUCUCAACCAUCCGAGGGGCUGGGCCCCCGGGAAUGGCAUCUCCCGCACUCCUUGUCCAACACCCCCCUCCCGCGCGAUGCUCUCGUCUCCACCCGGCCUAGGCACAUUUCUCAGCCUGACAAAGUACUCACCACGGGAGAUGAUUUGGCAAAGGACCACAAUUCCCUCUCCUGACAGCGGAGAUUUGGGUUUUGCCCCCAAAGACCUUUAAGUCCCCCUAGAAUCUCGCUGGGUGUCUGCCCAGAAGGUAGUGUCUUUCCCGUGUAACUGGACAGACGAUAGAGCACAGCAUAUGUCUAGGACUUGAAGUAGAGUCACGGCAACCUGGCGUCGGCAUUAGACGGAGAACUCAGGAGUCCGGAACCCAGCCCCCUAACUUGGACCGAAGCGAGUCGUUCUUGUGGGCAGGGCCACACACAAAAUAUGUUGCCGGAGAAGCCGGCACUUUCCGCCGUCUAAGGCGUCUCAAAAUGUUUCACCGAGCGCCUCAGGAUAGCAAGUAGCUGAUGUGACAACUGAGUCUUCGCUGCCCAUUCUCCCUUCGCGGACUCUAGCAACACUGGCCGGUAGGGCUCUGCAGUGAGCGAUGUUCUGUGUCUGUGGGUCCAAAUAGUCGCUACUAGCCUCAGCUAGCUACCGAGCACUUGACAUACGGCUGGUGUGAGGAACCAAACUUUCA